UCACAUUUUUCGGUGGGUCGCAGAAUUCGGUGUAACACUGUCUAGGGCUGCAGCUGCAUGUUAUUGGAGGAUGUCAGUGACCGCGAUUGGGCGCACGGGACAAGCCUAGAAGGUGUAGACUACGUGAAAUAAACCAGCUGUUGAACCAAUUUCAUUUUAAUAUUUCGUAGAAACUCGACGAAUCCAAAAUGAACAUACCAGUUAUAGAUUUUAGUCCGUGCAACCUGGGAGAAAAUAGUGUUUUAGACGAGCACAUUGUCGACUUGGGAAGGCAAUUAAAAUCCUCAUUUACAGAAAUCGGUUUUGUAUAUCUGAAGAACACUGGGAUUACACAAGAAGAGGUUGAACAAGUUAUGGACAUCUCCAAGACGUUUUUUCUCCAACCAGUGGAGAUGAAGGUUCCUUUCCGCAGAGGGAGUUUUGCUAAUUUUCCUAACCAUGGCUGGGUCUCUUCCGAGGCUGAAAGCUUGAAUCCACGUCGCCCCGGAGAUUUAAAAGAAGCAUUCAACUCGAUGUCCUUCCAUAAUGAUAUACAUUGGCCCUCGCCUGCGUUCGAGGACAGACAACUCUCUUUCUACCAGCGGUGUCGGCAGCUGUCUCUGCGUGUGCUGAGGGUGAUGGCCAUCAGUCUGGGUCUGGAGCCAGAGGUUUUCCUCCAUGCUCACCGCCACAUAGGAGGUGAGAAGAACGGGACCACCCUGCGCUCUCUAUAUUACCCACCAGUCAACAGUGAGCUGGUGAAGGAGGGCCAGCUACGCUGUGGGGAACACUCAGACUACGGCAGCAUCACCCUGGUCUUCCAAGGCCAAGCUGGAGGCCUGCAGGUGCUCAGUACCUCAGGUGAGUACAUCCCAGCACCCUGCAUACCAGGAACGGUCCUGAUCAAUAUUGCUGAUCUGAUGCAGCGGUGGACCAGCGACCACUUCAUCUCAGCUAUCCACCGGGUUCUGCUUCCCCCUGCUGGUGACUCCAGUACUCGUCAAUCUCUGGCUUUCUUCGUGCAACCUGAUGACGACUACCUCAUCACCUGCUGCGACGGCUCGAACAAGUACCCUGCUGUGAAGUCAGGGGACUAUUUAAACGAUCGCUUAGCAGCAGCGCACGGCGAUUCUUAAACCUUGGCCAUGGCUAUCGCCUAACUAUGAGGUCAGCUAUCUAUGCAUAAACCAGACAGCCUACUGUGUGUGGAAAGUAAACGGUUCAGUCAAAGAUAAGCUAUUGCUCAGAAGCUUUCAUUAACUAGAGCAUCAAUGUUGAUCCAGUAUGCAGCACUUCACUUAUUUGAAGUAGCAGAAUGCAGGACACAAGCAAGGCUAGCUGGCCUGAAGCUAACCAGCUAGUUAACUUUACAUGUAAACACUAGUUGACAAAGAGACAGGCCAGGCUGAGAGUUGGUUUCCCUAAAUUCAAUUCUUUCAUUAAUAUUUUUUACAUUGAUACAAUUAUUUGGCUUAAGUCACGUUUUAAAAUGCACAUCUUUAACAAAUGAAUCUUACAACUAUAGAAAUUAAAAGCAUGUAAAAUAAGAAAAUAAAAA